AUGUCCAUUAUUUCUUAUAAUCUGCUCCUGAAGGAUGAUGGAUCGCUGCAUGACGUCGUGGUUAUGAUUGAUAUGGCCUACUACACAUUAUCAAACAGGCCCAGGGCAGUGUCUCCAGUACCCAGCUCUGUGUCCAUGAAAAGUGACAGCUCUAUGGUGUCGCCUCCAGGCUUCAGCAAUGAUCCUCCACAUUCUGACCCAAAGCCCAGGGCAGUGUCUCCAGUGCCCAGCUGUGUGUCCAUGAAGAGUGACUGCUCUAUGGUGUCGCCUCCAGUCUUCAGCAAUGAUCCUCCACAGUCUGACUCAAAGCCCAGGGCAGUGUCUCCAGUACCCAGCUGUGUGUCCAUGAAGAGUGACUGCUCUAUGGUGUCGCCUCCAGUCUUCAGCAAUGUUCCUCCACAGUCUGACCCAAAGCCCAGGGCAGUGUCUCCAGUACCCAGCUCUGUGUCCAUGAAGAGUGACAGCUCUAUGGUGUCGCCUCCAGGCUUCAGCAAUGAUCCUCCACAUUCUGACCCAAAGUAA